GCCGGGCCUGAGCUCCGCCGCCGCCACCGCCGCCUGAGCCGCCGCUGUCCGCGCUGCAACCAUGCCGCCCUACACCAUUGUCUACUUCCCGGUCCGAGGGCGCUGCGAGGCCAUGCGCAUGCUGCUGGCCGACCAGGGCCAGAGCUGGAAGGAAGAGGUGGUGACCAAGGAGACCUGGCUGCAGGGCCCGCUCAAGGACUCCUGUCUGUACGGGCAGCUCCCCAAGUUCCAGGACGGAGACCUCACUCUGUACCAGUCCAACGCCAUCCUGCGACACCUGGGGCGCACCCUUGGGCUAUACGGGAAGGACCAGCGCGAGGCAGCCCUGGUGGACGUGGUGAAUGACGGGGUGGAGGACCUUCGCUGCAAAUACAUCACCCUUGUCUACACCAACUAUGAGGCAGGCAAGAAGGAAUAUGUGAAGGCACUGCCGGGGCACCUGAAGCCUUUCGAGACGCUGCUGUCCCAGAACCAGGGGGGCCAGGCCUUCAUCAUGGGCGACCAGAUCUCCUUCGUGGACUACAACCUGCUGGACCUGCUGCUGAUUCACCAGGUCCUGGCCCCCGGCUGCCUGGACUCCCUCCCCCUGCUCUCGGCCUAUGUGGCGCGCCUCAGCGCCCGGCCCAAGCUCAAGGCCUUCCUGGCCUCCCCUGAGCACAUGAACCGUCCCAUCAACGGCAACGGGAAGCAGUGAGAGUUUGCAGGACCCUCGGCGGGAGGUGGGGGCUGCCUGCCUCCCUUUCCUGGGGACCGAUAAAAUUUCCAAGCGAGAAGCAUUGCUGGGAGCAUUCAGUUUCCUGGGGAGGGGCUCUCACAGCCUCAACAGUCAGGUUUGAGGGAGGGAUGGGGCAGCCAGCUAGGUCGCUGGAGUCCUAAAACACAUGGGUGUAUCUUCUUAGGGCCUUCAACCCAGUCUGCUGAGCUCCAGGAACAGGAAUAAAGAGACCGAAAAAAUUAAAAAAAGCA